GGCUGGACGUCACUUGCCUGGGUCAGUCGGAAAGAUGGCGCUGAGGGCUCUGGUCGGUGUCAAGCGGGUCAUUGACUAUGCCGUGAAGGUGCGCGUAAAGCCGGAUAAGACCGGCGUGGUGACCGAUGGCGUGAAGCAUUCGAUGAACCCUUUCUGCGAGAUUGCGGUUGAAGAGGCCGUCCGGUUAAAGGAGAAGAAGAUUGUCGGGGAAAUAAUUGCCGUAAGCUGCGGACCCCAACAAUGCCAGGAGACAAUCCGCACGGCGUUGGCUAUGGGGGCCGACCGCGGAAUUCACGUGGACGUGCCUGCAAAGGACUUCGAAUCCCUCGGACCCUUCCAGGUCUCCAAGAUCAUCGCUGCCUUGGCCAAGAAAGAGAACGCGAACCUCGUGCUGCUGGGGAAGCAGGCUAUUGAUGAUGAUUGUAAUCAGACCGGACAGAUGACCGCUGCUCUGCUUGACUGGCCUCAGGGGACGUUUGCGUCGGAGUUGAAGGUUGAAGGGGAGAAGCUGACCGUCGUACGGGAAGUAGACGGAGGGCUGGAGACCGUCAGCUUGAAGCUCCCCGCCGUGGUGACCGCCGACCUGCGGCUGAAUGAGCCAAGAUACGCCACCCUGCCGAACAUCAUGAAAGCCAAGAAGAAGAAAAUCGAAACUGUGAAGCCUUCGGAUUUAGGGGUGGACACAACGAGUCGCCUGAAGAUCUUGAGCGUCGAGGAUCCUCCUCAGAGACAAUCCGGCAUUAAAGUGGAGACCGUGGAGGAUCUCGUAGCCAAACUUAAGGAGACCGGCCGGAUCUAAGCUCCGGGAACCCGGUUAUUUUGCUGCUGGUGGAAUGCGGGGUCCGACGCCACCUGUCUGUUCCGUCCCGACCGCCUUUCUCCGCGCGAAUUCCGACCGUACAAACGUCUUUGUCUGAGCCCUUUGGAGCAGAGAAAGGACCGGAGGAGAGCGUCGCCGUCUCUCACUGUAAUUAAGUCAUGCCUUUGAAUAAAUGUUUCUACUUCUUUUA